AUGGCGGCACUGCGCUUCCUGCAGUCGCCAUCCACCAGUGACCUCGCCAGCGACGCAUCCAUCAACUACAUCACCACCACUACAUCCAUCACCGAGCCUACCGCCAUUCUGAAGCACCUCAGCGCCCAAGCCAAGCAGGCAGAGAAGAAGGAAGAGAAGGUGCUUCACACAAUCGAGAGCUCCAAUGGCUGCUGCAUCGAGACUCUCACCACUUUGCAAUUUCGCAUGGGAGGCGGCGCCUGGCUGCCGGGCAUGGAUGCCAACAUGCUGGACGAACGCGAGGUCGUCUUUCCCGUCACACACGUCUUCACCUACAACCGCGACGGCAAGAUCCAGCAGAUCCGCCUGUACUGGGACCAGGGCAGUCUCCUCAAGCAGGUCGAGGCCAUUGGAAAGACGGGAAGGAACUGGCCCAUCCGUGACGGCAAGGCUCAGGUUGAAGCUGUCACCGCUAGCGUCAAAUCGGGCGGCCAGAGCGGAAACGCUCAGAGCAACGGAGCGCCAUUGUCAGCGCGCAACCCGAACGAAGUUGUGAUUAGGGACCAUCACAAGCGCGACAGCGUCUCCGUCACUCGCGAUCCACAUGCCAGCCUCGCCCUCUUCGCGGAGCGCGACCCCAAUGAGGGUCGUUCCUACUCCGGUCCCAAAUACGAGCCUGUCAAGUCUGCCAAGCCUGGUCCGCGUGACUACGGUGAGCUGUUUGCCAGCGAGGAGACUGCCGCAGCCGCUGGGUCGACGGCUAGAAGCCCAUCGCCUCACAAGACUGACGGCACCAUCCUCAAGGCAGGUGCGGGCAAGCACUUCUCUGGUAACCGCCUCUUCGACGAGAAUGAGGCUGAAGAGCCUGCCAGAUCGCCUGUGCGGAAGAAGACCUACGGACAGAAAUAUGAGCACUUCGCAUUCGGCAAUGGCGAGGAUGCGCCAAAGGGGGAUCGACCCAUAAGCGGUAAGAGCAACAACCAGCAGGGGGCUAGUUUCAGUUUCGAGGACUUCGCGACCCCACCAAAGCAUACCGAGAAGUAUAGACGUGACGAUGAGCGGCAGUGGGGUGCCGGAGUCGAUGAGGUGAGUUCAUGCUCGGAGCAUGCAGACGGGUCAGGUCUAAUCCCUCCCUAGGACGACCCGGCUAGCCCACCCAAGCGACCAAUUGUUCAUGCCGCCCGCAAAGACGCCGAUCCACACUUCGAGCUCGUCGACGAGUCUCCUGCUCCUGCGAAGGCCAAGUCCUUUCAGCGACAGAAGGGCAUGGGUCUCUACCAAGACCCCAUCAUGGAGGACGAGCGCGCUUCUACGCGCAAUCCAGUCAAGGCCAACAACGGCCGCCGAGGUGAUGAUUUUGGUGCGCACUAUAGCAUGACGGACAAUUCGCCCGCCGGUGGUAAGAAGAUAUACAAGACUGCUGGGGAUGGCAUGGGAUCUCGCGCUGGUGGUCGAGCUUGGUAAGUCUAGAGUGUAGACUAGUGAGACCAAAUGGCUAACUUGCUUUUAGGGGCAUUGGAGACGAUUCGGACCCAGAGGUUGAUGCUGACGUGCGUCCCAGUGCCCGAUCAAGACAACAAGCGCAAGCGGGUGCCGACGAUCUCGACUUCUGA